CCCGAUUACUGUGCUGAAUAAUAGAGACGUGGAAGACGAAGCGGGAUGGGAUAUUGUGUUGACUUGAGGGAGGUGCUUGUGAGGGAGGGAGUCAUGAUUGCUGCUUUACUGUAUGGGGGUAUAUAUAUAGAUAGAUAUAUAGAUAGAUAUAUAGAUAUUUAGCAAGUAUAUAAUUGGGAUAAUGCCUACGUGGGUAAACAAUAUGGGAUUUACACCAAUUACUCAGAUUUAGUUAAAGUACUAUAAACCGAACUGCUAGGAAGAAUAUAUAUAUAAAGCUUAUACAGCCAUGACUACCUCCACCACCAACGACAACUCCCAACCCAACCCGUCACACUUCCCCUUGGCCGGGGGUGCCAACGACGGCUGGUCGACCGAGGACGAAGCUACGGCGACGUGCUACUGCGGCGCCGUGCAGCUGUCUUUCCCAACCCACGGCCCGGGGCUAGUCGACGUGUUCGUGUGCAACUGCUUCGACUGCCGGAAGAUCACGGCGUCCAUGUUCACGACGGGCUUCGUCGUCGAGGAUGCGCAGUUGAAGUAUCUGCGGGGGCGGGAAAAUCUGAAGACGUACGGGCAGGAUAGGACUAUUGCUUCGGGACAUAUCACAACCAACUACUUCUGCAACACCUGCGGCUCCCUCAUGUACCGCGUCAGCGCGGGGCUUCCGGGCCACAGCGCGCUGCGGCUCGGCACCGUGGACGACUUCGCGCUGCACGAGACGAAGCUGAAGCCGCGCGUGGAGCAGUACGUUAAGGAUCGGGUUGGGUGGCUGCGCGGGGCGGAGGGGGUGAGACAGGUGCUGGGGAGCGCUUAUUAGCGUAUGAAUAAGUAUGAAUAUAUGUGAGGGGGAGGAGGGGGAUGUAAGGGAUGGAUGAGUAUAAUAUAAGAAGGUAGGGAGUUGGGAGAUGAAAAAAAAAAGAAAAAGAAAUUGCAGAUCUGUAAAUAUCGAUAUUUGGAUGUAGG